CACAUGAUGCGAUAACCUCCAUCAACGUCAAUCUCUUCUCCCUUGUCAUCCACAUCCCUCUCACCUCAUCCGAACUCACCGAUUCUCGACACAACAGUAUUCUCCAUGGAUACUCGCAAAAGAAAAAAGAAAGUCCUCCUCAUGGGCAAAAGUGGCUCCGGCAAGUCGUCCAUGAGGAGCAUCAUCUUCAGCAAUUACGUCGCAAAGGAUGUUCGUCGCUUAGGUGCUACCAUUGACGUUGAGCACAGCCAUGCAAAGUUCAUGGGCAAUUUGACCUUGAACUUGUGGGAUUGUGGAGGACAAGACGCAUUCAUGGAUUCCUACCUCAACACCCAACGAGAGAAUGUAUUCUCCGACGCUGAAGUCCUCAUUUAUGUCUUCGACAUCGAGUCUCGAGCCGUCGAUCAAGACAUGGAAACCUACAGUCAAGUUGUCAAGGCCCUCAAAGACUACAGUCCUUCUGCCCACGUCUUCUGCCUCAUCCACAAGAUGGACCUGGUUCAACACGAACACCGCGAGAGAAUCUAUGAAGAAAGAGUCCGUAUGAUAGUAUCCCGCACCGAAGGUCUCAGCCUCGAAACAUUCGCCAGCAGCAUUUGGGAUCAAUCACUAUACAAAGCCUGGGCCGGCAUCGUCCACAAGAUGAUCCCCAAUCUAGUUGUCAUUGAGAAAUUCCUCCACGCGUUUGCAAACCAACUCCAUGCAGAAGAGAUCGUCUUGUUUGAGCGGUCCACUUUUCUCACCGUCACCAAUGUUGUCAACGACAUUGGUGAGCAAAAUCCCAGUCUCGAUCGACACGAACGCAUCUCCAACAUUAUGAAAACCUACAAGCAUACCGUCGCUCGCAACACCCGUACCACCGCUGCCAGCACCGGAUUCCUCCUAUUCAAGGUCCAGUCGCCAAACUUCAACUGUUUCCUUGCUAGAUUCACCGAAAAUACAUACAUCUUCGUUGUCACACCACCCGGAGAGGCUGCAUUUAACUGUGCUGUCCUCAACACCAUGAUGGCCAGGGAUGUCUUUAGCACAAAGACUGGUGUUGAAGGUUGAGAAAAUGGCCGAGAGUAUACAACUAUUGUCACUCAAACUGCGGCCUGAUACACACCACAGGCUGCCCGCGAAGGCUGCCCGUGUUAUCAACCGAGAGCAAAGCUCGAUCUCGGCCAUCACUCCACUCUGAGAAUCACGGUUUCUGGCCAUUCUAUCUCCACCAGCACUAAAGACGAACCACAGCUCUCUCGGAAUACAAAUUCACGGCCGUGUCCUUUGAACGACAUCUAUUAUUGAGCUUAUAACCUGUGUGAGCGAUCCUGAUGAUCAGAACCACCGUUCUAUCGCGAACCACCUUGGAUCCAAAUCCUUCCUACUCCCACCGCCUUGCCUCUGCCUGGGUACAGUCAUAUGAUCGUCAUUUACUUGAGCAAUGUCACUGGAAAAGUAUUAUACAGAACAGCCAUCAUAUGUCAUCCCCAAUCGACUCUAUAUGUCGAAAUUGAGCAGGUCUUCAAACAAAAAGUUGUUGCUGAUUCCCGUGUGGGGCGGGAAUAAUUGCUCAAACGUCUCAUAUCCCAAAUCACUGGUGAUGAACGUCUCUUGAGAUCCCACAUCCAUGGGUGCUCUUGUUUCCAUGGUGUUGGGUUCAUACAAGUCCAUGCUCGGCUGGGUGUCUCGAUUGGUGUUGCGCAGGGAAUUGGUGAAAUUGUCAUUUCCCACAAAUGACUCGACAAAUUUGGGCACAUUGAAUUUCUGCCUCUUCAUCUGGCUCCCUCGAUCGCCCAACGUGUCAUACGUCCUUUUCCGAUAAUUCUCCAGAGUUUGGUCAGCCGAAAGACGUGCUUGUUCGGCGAGAAGGGAGGACAGAAGACGAAUGCCCCGAAGAGCAAUCAUACUGUGCUCAAACUUGCUCAGCAGACUGAUGGUGUUCUCGACCAACUUGCGGUGUUCUUCAUACUCGGACUCCGAAUUGGUGCGGUGAAAGAUGUCCAAGGCAAGAGUAAUGCCCGCAGCGACCAUAAAGGCUUGAUCGAUCCACAGCAUGGGGCCGUCUUCAUCGUAAGCUUGUCGGGCUUCCUUCAAGAUGGUCUUGGCUGCGACCAUACAUGUUCGUCGCGUGAAAUCGAAGCUGGAUUCGGUGAAGCUUCGGCCGAGAAAGGCCCGAUGAAUCAUGAUGAUCUUGUGGGCAAAACAGAUGGUAAGGCCUCGCCGAGCCCAAGGGAUAAAGGGUGGCCAGUCUGGGUCGAUGGGCUCCUUUGUGGAGAAGAAUUUGGGGAGACCUUCAGUGGCCAACCUCCGCAUGCGUGAGUCGUAUUCGAGGACCUGCUCGUAUUUGGUAUAUAGUGUAUUAGAGCUGAUAAUGGCGUCAUGUAUUUGAGGCAUAAAUUCGGCGAUGGCGUUGAGGAAAACGGGGAAACUGGUCAUGGCAGGGACAUUGUCGGGCAGAGGUUGCAUGGUGUGUUCGUCGCAAUGGAGAGGUUUGAGAGUGGUGUAAUGUGAACGCUGAAUGGAAUACAUUUCUGAAAAGGGGAUAGAGAACCAAUCCUGCAGACAGAUCUGCGACCAGAGUCGACGACCCGUCUCUCUCUUGAUGGCCUUGUCGCGCUGUGCCGGGGUGGCGGAGAU